AUGACGGGCAAAAUCGAAGGCGAAAGACUCGUUGGAAGGCGUAAAAAAUCAUGGCUGGGGAACAUAAGGGAGUGGGCUGGAAUCGCCAGAGCAGAACAGCUGGACAUUGUUUGCUACCCAGUUGCGAACGCAUUCGGCGCGGUAUCGGAACGCCGCGCGGGAAACGGAGCGUGCGUGCGCUUUCACUGCGCCGCUGUCGCGUUAUCAGACAAUCGGCGACUAGCGACGUUGCACGCUAUUGCCGGCCGACUUAUUACCGCCAUCGCUCGCGUGGCCCAAGUAACAAACUGCCGCGGAUUGUCAACGAUCGCCAUGUCAUCUAUUUCGCCGCAAAUCGUCUUGCAUUCGUCUACUUUAAAAGCGGCCGCGUUCCGUGACUUGGGCGCGACGUCCCGCUUCUAUACGACGAGACAAGACAAUGGUGCGGCGGAGGAGAAGGGCCGCGAUCCAUCAUUGUCGUGUCCAUUGAAACGUCCCCGGGCGGGCCCCCGCCGCCCUGUGGCAAUCGAGAGGCGC